ACUCAGCCAGGGACAGGAAGCCGGUAGUGAGAGCGGAAGCCGCUGCGCAUGCGCACUGAGCCCGACCGCUCCCUGCCUGCUGCACAGCGCUCCCGGUAAAAGAUGUCGAAGAACACGGUGUCUGACCGCUUCCGGAGGGUGGACGUGGACGAGUAUGAUGAGAACAAGUUUGUGGACGAGGAGGAGGCCGGAGAGGGGCAGCAAGGACCAGACGAGGGGGAGGUGGACGGAGCGAUCCGGGGAGGAAACAUGGUGGGAGCUCUUCAUGCUGCUUUAAAGAAUCCACCUAUUAAUACGAAGAAUCAAACUGCAAAGGAUCGAGCGGAGAGUCUUGUGCUGAAAGUUUUGAUCUCGUUCAAAACAAAUGAGAUAGAAAAAGCAGUCCAGUCACUAGAGAAGAAUGAUGUGGACCUGCUAAUGAAAUACAUCUACAAGGGCUUUGAGAGCCCAUCUGACAACAGCAGUGCAGUCCUACUGCAAUGGCAUGAAAAGGCUUUGGCCGUUGGUGGAGUGGGUUCUAUAGUCCGGGUGCUGACUGCCAGGAAGACAGUUUGAAUGUUCAGCUGGUUACGAUCUAUCGAAGAGCUGGUGCCAAGACCAAAACCCUGAACUGCUGUGGCCGACCAUCCCUCUCUAUCACUGCCCAUAUUUUUUUUUUCUUUUUCCUUUGCCCGGUUUUUAUUUUUGAUACACUUUUGAAGUCUGCAGUACCUGUGAGAGUGUGCUGUGAGUGCAGUGCUUUGUUGAUAUGAGUGUUAAGUUAUCAGUACACGCCCUCAAUGAGCUGGGCUCUAUUGAACAACCAUCACCCUUCUUAUUUGUACAGGUUGCAGUGAUAUCUGCUUCUCUGUGAAUUGUAUUGCGCCUUAUAACCUCAUUCUCGUCAGGGCUAAUUCCCCACAGCUUGGCCCCCAAAGCUAGCUGCAACCCUCUUUCUUUGCCUCCCUGCUGCCACACCUCCCCCUGCCACCACACCAUUUGGCUAGUUUUCUCAGGGGUGGCAUUUUGCAAUCUAAGGAUUUUAUAUCAUGGAACAUCUUCCAGAGACAUAGCUAGGGUCACCCAAUGCCUAUUUGGCAGCACCUGGAUUGUAUCCAACUCCCUCAGGUCCUAGGUGUAUAAAGGGAUAAAUUAUGCAGUAAACCUAAUCGCUCUGCUGCUGUGACAUCUUGGGUUCCUUUCUUUAACCAACAAAAUGAGGUCUUGUCUACUUCAUGUUCACCAGUCAUACACACAGCGGAGGAGCUGUUUGGUGGGUCAGGUCAAUAACAGUCUAGCAUUGUGGGUUAAUAUAGCAGUGUGGUGUUGCUGGUUUGUAAUGCAUUGUUGAACCGGAUAUAUGCAUGUAUCUCUUGCUUGCAAAAUGGCCGCCACCUCUGUGUGUAGGGGACAUAUGUCUUCAUUAAAGAGACAGUACUGUGUAAUUUAAAAUAAAUAAAUAAAUGGUUUGCACUUGUA